AUGCGUAACCUCGGUAACCGUCUGACGCUCCACUCUCCCUCGCGCGGUUUCGCCAUGGAGCUCGGCGCCACCUGCACCAUCAUUCUUGCUACCCAGCUCAAGCUUCCCGUCUCGACCACCCAGUGUCUCACCGGUGGUGUGAUCGGUGUCGGCCUUUGUUCCGGCACCUGGAGAUCUAUCAACUGGCGUAUGGUUGCAUGGGUGUAUGGAGGUUGGGUACUGACUCUUCCCGUUGCUGGAUUACUCUCUGGAGCUCUCUGUGGCAUUAUCAUCAACGCCCCUCGCUGGGGAUAUGUCAGUUCCUAA